AGGUUGUUCGUCAGUUAAAUGCUAUUAAAAUAUUCAUAAAGUUUUAUUACCUUAAGUGAUUCAAACAUGCUUCGGUAUGUAAUUGAGUGUGAUUGAUAAAGAGGCCGGCAAAACUUAAACUACUUUUUGUUAGUUUAUGGAAAUGGACGAAAUAUUCCAAGUCGAUUAAGACCUCGCUACUAUGUAAAGGCGAUACAAUUAAAUAGAAUUUUGUAGUGUGCGUACGCAACGAAGUGAUAAAAAAUGCUCGAGUGCGAAAAAGUGACAGACUUUUAAGAUUUGCAUAGAGAUUUGUGUCGACUCCGGUUAGUUGAAUGCUCUGAGGCAACUUAACUGUACGUGUGUAUUCGAUACUAGUGUUUCUGCAAUUCAUGCUUAUGUUAAAUCACUUCUUAGCCACCUCAUUUGCUUAGAUUUGUAAAAUAUAUUUUACUGUUUUCAAAUUUGCCAAAAGCCAUUUAUCUGGGAAAACUAGAAAAAAACUAACUGUCAACGUCAAAGUCAAAAUGUUCGAUUGUCAACCUAAAAAUUAUCACAACAAACAUUACUUCUUUAAAAAUUUGAAUCACGUCUAAAUCACAAUUUAUUUCUGUUUGAUGGUUAUUGUAACACAAUGAUUGGUAUCCAUUUGAGGCAGUUGUACCGUACUUGUGAUAAGGUUAUCAUUCGUAACCUCAGAAACCGAAAGGUAGAGUCGAGGAAUCCCAACCCGGGAAUAAACAGACAAGUAAAAGCCUUCCAAGCUGAUGGUCUACAAGUUAGAGAGGAUAACUUUGAAGAAAUCGUUGAACAGUCAGAGAGUGACUUCUACAAUGUUGGGGAAGCCUACAACGAACAUCAGAACGAGACACUGAUUGGCAAAUAUGAGCUCCGUCACCGCAUCGUCAAGGAGAAGUACUUCAAAGAGAACAUGCCUAACCUCUUGACAUGGAGUGAGAAGGAACAGAUACGGCACUUGGCUACCACUCAGCCUGAUGAGUGGACGCCCGAGAAGAUUGCGGAGAGUUUUCCAGUUACUGAACAAGUAGUCCAGAAAUUACUCAAAUUCCCAUGGAAGCCAGCCACUGAACAACGCAUCGCACGUCAUGACCAAUCAGUCGUGAGAAAUUGGAGAGAACUGAAAGAGGGUUCCUUAGACAUACCUCCUGAACUCAGAGAACAUUUUCUCAAAUUCUCUGACAGAUCUAUUCCCCCUUUAAAUAAAGCAUCAAUCAAAAUUGAUAUCACUCCUGAACAAGAAGACAUUGGGGAAUUUGAGAGAAUAGUUAGAAAAUGUGCAGAAAAGGAAAAUAAAGCAAAUACAGAAAAUGUUCCAGAUGAUAAAGGUACCCUCGCUUUAGCGAGUCCUCAAGCCACAAAUUCAGAGAAAAUACAUUCAAAACAGAAAAAAGACCCAAAGAUAACAACUCUAGAUGAACUGGCAGCACGGAUAAAGAAUCGUUUAGAAAAAGGAGGUAAUGUUAACAUAAAUGAUAGAAUGAUUAUGACUUCUUCCAAAACACAAAGCCCAACAAUAACUGAAAAAGUUAAGGAAGAAAUGGAGCUGUUUCAUGAAAGUCAUAAAGAAAAUGGUAUCAUGGAAUAUGAGAAUAAAAGUCAGGACCCAAAUGAAAUAAUGAACUAUCCUGAAAGAAUUAGAAUCCCAAAGAAAGCUUACAAAAAAGGUGCUACUUAUAAAGUAAACGAUUGCUAUUAUGACCAUGAUGGAAAAUUCUUAUAUAGAGUGCUAGGUAUGUCAUAAAAUGCAAAUAUGUAGUUUUAGGUAGUAAAUAAAACAAUCAAUAUUGAAGCCUUA